AUGACGGGCACCACCUGGAUGCGCGACCGGGGCAUUCUCGAGGGCGCGGUGAUGAUCACGAACACGCACAGCGUGGGCGCCGUCCAUGAGGCCACCAUCGCCUGGGCGCAGGCGAACCUCGACGCGCCGGACUGGAGCCUGCCCGUCGUUGCCGAGACCUGGGACGGUUUCCUGAACGACAUCAACGGCUUUCACGUCCGGCAGGAGCACGUCUUCGCCGCGCUCGACUCGGCGCGGAGCGGUCCGGUCGCGGAAGGCUCGGUGGGAGGCGGCACCGGGAUGCGCACGUUCGGCUUCAAGGCGGGGAUCGGGACCGCUUCCCGGAUCGUGGAGGCCGGGGGCAACGAGUACGUCGUCGGCGUGCUCGUACAGUCGAAUUUCGGCAGCCGGAACCUCAUGACCAUCGCCGGGGUGCCGGUGGGACGGGAGAUCCCGGACCUCACCCCGGAGCUCGGGCCGUUCGAUGCUCCCCGUGAUGACGACGAAGGGGGCGCGGACGACGCCGAGGGCCGCGAUGGCUCGAUCAUCAUCGUCGCGGCGACCGAUGCGCCGCUGCUGCCGCACCAGCUCAACCGGUUCAUCCGCCGGACCUCGCUCGCCCUCGGCCGGGUCGGAAGCAUUUCCUCGAACGGCUCCGGAGACAUCUUCGUCGCUUUCUCCACCGCGAACCAGGAAGCCGCGCACAACGAGAGCGGCAUCGCUCCGCUCGAGAACCUCGCCAACAACAACAUCAACUCCCUGUUCGAGGGGGUGGUGCAGGCGACCGAAGAGGCCAUCAUCAAUGCGUUAGUUGCGGGACGCGACAUCGUCGGGGUGAACGGCCGAAAAAUCUACGGGUUACCGCACGACCGGCUCCGUGACAUCCUCCGGAAGUACAACCGGCUGAGCGAGCCGGAGUAA